CCGGUCUUCCGAUCGGGAACCGCUUCAUCCGAUUGCUGUCUUCUCCUCGGCAGCUUUCAAGCUUUCGGAAAUUUAGGCAGGGGUCAUAAUGAGAGUAAGCUUUUCCACCGGUGGCGCAACAUACUAGAUACGAUACGUGAACCGGAGGUCUAAGCUGUGACUGAUCAAAUGACGGUGAAACGAAACGAUCGACGCAAUGACGUCGACGAUCCAAACAUCUUCUGCAACGGAGACACGCGAAAAAUUUGGCCGCUACUGAACAGAAGAGCGAUUACGACUUCCGAUGAUUCUGCUUAUCAGGCCGAUGCUGGCGUACCGAAACCCGGUCUUUUUCUCAACACGUCGAACGCUUUCCAGCGACAAAAGGAAUCCCGGCUUUUGUGCCAGCAGGAUCCGGAGAGUUUCCACUGCGCGAUUGGUCCCAUUUUAUUGGUGGCUCAGUGCUUCGGCUUACUUCCGGUUUGCGGGGUUUUGAGUGCCUCGUCGAGAGGUUUGGCCUUCCGGAGAAGAACCUUACGCGCCAUUUAUGCCUCCGUUUUAACCCUGACGAUGCUGGUCGUUGCGCUUUCUUCCAUCGUUCACAUGGUCAGGUCCGUCGACACUCAGACUUUCGAGAUAAAAGGCGGAAUUGGGGCAGCAACAGCAGGAGCAGUGUUUUACGGAAACAGCGUGUUGGGCUCGUUCCUUUUCUUAUGGCUCGCACCGCGUUGGGCGCCUUUGCAACAGGAAUGGAGAGCCAUGGAGCAGCUAAUUGACAGGUGGGGUCGUCCUCGAUUGAGGCGAAAGUUUUCCGUGAUCACCGGAAUCGUCUUGACGUGUGCAUUGCUGGAACAUACACUGAGCAUGGUAAAAAACACACCGAAUUACAGAUGGAACACGACGGCGAACAUGAGCCUGAAUAAUUUCCUUAACGAAUAUUCACACAAUUCUCAUGAAUUUAUAAUCAGCGUCUGGGGCUACAACCUUGCAGUUGGAAUGUUUCUGUUCGUCGUGAGCAAGAUAGCCACCUUCACGUGGAACUUCACCGACCUUUUCGUGAUGUUGGUGUCAACCGGGUUGGCGGAGAGAUUCAAGACCCUGAACACGAGGAUGACGUCGGCAAACGCGACGACUCCAACGAUCGUUGAAUGGAGGGUGCUGAGAGAGAAUUACGCAGCUCUGAGCGCCCUGGUCAAGCGAGUCGACAACGAAGUGUCGCCGAUAGUCUUACUUUCAUUUGCGAAUAAUCUCUACUUCAUUUGCCUUCAGCUGCUCAACGGCUUGUCGAGGCCGGAUGAAGACGGAAUCCUAAACUCGGUGUACUUCUUCGGUUCCUUUGCGUUCCUCGUCGCACGGACUGUUGGCGUCACUCUACUUGCGGCCAGAAUUAACGACCAGAGUAGAAUCGCUUUACCCGUGCUUUACACUUGCCCUGCUAAGGCUUACUGCAUCGAGACACAGAGACUUGAACAUCAGCUCGCGACUGACGACAUCGCGUUAUCUGGAUUACGGUUCUUCUCAAUCACGAGAAACUUCAUGCUGGCGAUAGCUGGAGCCAUCGUCACGUACGAAGUUGUCCUUUUACAGUUCAAUCUUGCAAUAAAUCACAAAUAAAAACUUGCGACUCGCACUGAUGCCGUAAAACAAUGGGUGCAAAAAUCGACAUUGAAAUGGAGGUCGUGAUUAGUUUUUAAAUCAUUCAAUCACCUCAUUAUUUUAUAUCCGUUUUACCGAUUGUAAGAUAAUUUCCUGUUA